AUGAGGUGGUUUUUGCUAUGGAGGUUUAAAAUAUGACUUGUGUGUUACUUUUAUCCAUUCCAGAUUGCUGACCCGGAGACCUGUGACCAAAUGUAUGAGAGCUUAGUCAGAAUCCAUACCAACUACUACAAAAACAAGUACCCACGCCUGAAAGACACAAGCUUCACUGGAGUGACAGUAGAAGAUUGCAAGAUGAUACUAUCAACAGAUAUUCUGAAACAGAUGGAAGAGAUGAAAAAAGGGCCAUGGAAAAAACUGCGAGAAAAGUUUUAUGCCAAGAAACCUGAAGAGGACUCAAAGUGAUAGGCUAACUCCAGAUUCUUCACUGUAUAUAUUCCUAAAGCGCUGUAUGUUGCCAUGAUGAAUAAAACCAUUUAUUCCUCUUAGC